CACGGUUGAAAGGAUCACGGAUGUGCAGAUUAAAUAAGUGGCAAAACCAUUCUCAUUUGUCAAAAAUGGCCAAAAACACAUCCCUAUAUUUCCGUAUUGUAGAGGGCAGGAGCCUUCCAGUCAAAGACGUCUCUGGGACCAGUGACCCAUACUGCAUUGUAAAAGUUGACAAUGAAGUUGUGGCCAGGACAGCCACAGUGUGGAAGAACCUCAACCCUUUCUGGGGAGAAGAAUACACACUGCACCUCCCGACGGGGUUCCACUCGCUCGCCUUCUAUGUCAUGGAUGAGGACACCAUUGGCCAUGAUGACAUCAUUGGAAAGAUAUCGCUGAGCAAAGACACCAUCGGGGCCAAGGUUAAAGGGCUGGAUAACUGGCUGAAUCUGACCCGGGUGGACCCGGAUGAGGAGGUGCAGGGGGAGAUCCACUUUGGUCUGGAGCUUCUCAGAGAUGCCAAAGGUAUAGGACUACGAUGCCAUUUCAUAGAGGCCAGAGACUUGGCACCAAGAGACAUUUCUGGAACCUCUGAUCCCUUUGCCAGAAUCCUCUUCAAUAACCACAGUGCAGAGACUUCGAUCAUUAAAAAGACUCGUUACCCACACUGGGGUGAGACCCUGGAGUUGGAGCUUGAGACAGAGGAGCUGUCUGAGGGAGGGACUGUCACAGUGGAGGUCUGGGACUGGGACAUGGUGGGCAAAAAUGACUUCCUGGGAAAGGUGGAAAUCCCUUUUGCUUGCCUGCAUAAGACACCUCUGGUACAGGGUUGGUUUCGUCUGCUGCCCCUGGGAAACAAUGAGGAUGAUGCUGGAGGUAAGCUGGGUGCGCUGCGACUGAAGGUGCGUCUGGUGGAGGACCAUAUUCUUCCCUCCAUGUACUACCAGCCUCUCAUUGACCUGCUGGUGCAGUCAGUCAUCUCUCCUGCUAAGGUGGAGGACGGCAGCCCCCUGACCAUGCUGGAGGAGGUGACCACAGUGGAGAGCCGGCAGGACGUGGCCAUGACCCUGGUCAAGAUCUACCUGGGGCGGGGCCUGGUGGUGCCCUUUCUGGACUACCUCAACACCCGCGAGGUCAACCACACCUUGGAUCCAAACACCCUGUUCCGGUCCAACUCUCUAGCUUCUAAGGCCAUGGAACAGUUCAUGAAGGCUGUGGGGAUGCUGUACCUUCAUGAGGUCCUGAAGCCCAUCAUUAACCGCAUCUUUGAGGAGAAGAAGUACAUUGAGUUGGACCCGUGUAAAAUUGACCUGAACAGAACCAGGCGUAUCUCAUUUAAAGGUGCGGUGUCUGAGGCUGAGGUGAGGGAGAGCAGUGUGGAGAUGCUGCAGGGCUAUCUGUCUAACAUCGUGGAGUCCAUCAUUGGGUCAGUUACCCAGUGUCCACCUGUCAUGAGGGUGGCCUUCAAACAGCUGCACAAGAGGGUGGAGGAGCAGUUCCCUGAGCCAGAGAAUGAGGAUGUGAAGUAUCUGGCCAUCAGUGGGUUUUUCUUCCUGCGUUUCCUUGCCCCUGCUAUCCUCACACCCAAGCUCUUUCACCUGAGGGACCAGCAUGCAGAUACACGCACCAGCAGGACACUGUUACUACUGGCCAAGGCAGUGCAGAGUGUGGGGAACCUGGGUUUGCAGCUGGGCCACGGUAAGGAGCUGUGGAUGGAGCCCUUGCAUCCCAUCAUCCUUUAUAGCGUGGCCUCUGUUAAAGACUUCCUGGACAAGCUCAUCGACAUUGAUAGCGUGUCAGAGGUGCCCCAGAGGGCUGUGUUCCUGCCCUCAGUGACAGUGAAGCAGGGCUAUCUCCAGAAGCACAAGGCCGAAAGCCCCCAGCUCCUGUCCCGCUUUUCCUUCAAGAAGCGAUACUUCUGGCUGAGCAGUGAGACACUGUCCUACGCCAAGACCCCGGAUCCCUGGCAGGUGCGCUCCUCCAUCCCCAUCCAGUGUGUGUGUGCUGUGGAGAGAGUGGAUGAGAAUGCCUUCCAACAGCAGCAUGUGUUGCAGGUCGUCACCCAGGACAACGAUGGACAGAUGCACACCAUCUAUACCCAGUGCAAGAAUGUGAAUGAGUUGAACCAGUGGCUGUCAGCCAUCAGGAAGGCCAGUAUCUACAACAGGCGCAUGCUGCCCUCCUUCCACCCAGGGGCGUACCGAAGUGGCAAGUGGACCUGCUGCCUACAGGCUGACCGCGCAACUUCAGGUUGCAGUCGCACUCACUCCGCAGUGACUCUGGGCGACUGGAGUGACCCAUUAGAUCCAGACGCAGAGACCCAGACCAUCUACAAACAGCUUCUUCAGGGAAGAGACAAGCUCAGGAAACAGUAUGUGGAGGUGGAGGCUGAGAUGACCACAGAGGAAGAAAAUAGAGUGAACUCUGGGCGGCUCCCUGAUGGAGCAGACUGUAGCGUGGAGCUCCUGAAGCACAGGCAGGCUGCAGCGGUUCGGCUACUUGGAGUGGUUCUGGAUCUGGAGCAGGCCCAUGCCACCUUCCAGCGGCAGGAAAGAGUGGAGGCUGGUAGCCUCAUCCUGACCCCCUAGAUUGGGCCUUCCCUGGGGCCUGAGCCCGGGUCUGAAGGGGAGAGCAGAGUCCUGUAUCAGACUCAAUGGAGUGGGAAAACUAAGCGACCACAGAAGGAAGGCAGCCUCUCCCUGCUCCCUGUCAUGUUGUCUGUUACAUGUGAUGUCUAGAGGAACUCUCUUCUCAUCCAGAUUAAUUCUUCAUAAGCCAGAAUGAAGAGGAUACCCAUUCUGUAACAUCCUUUUCCUGGGAUGUUUGAUAUCACACACACUGGUUUUCAGCUGUGGCGGAGAAGUUAUCUAGUGAAAUAACUGAUUGCCACAGGUCUUGCAUUCAGAUGAACUGCCACAUAAACUUCUGCUACUCUCCCAAAGCUUGGGUUCUUAUCGAUUGAGCAGGACACAAACUGUUAUGUGGAACUGAGCUGAAGCAGGGGCACGCAUGUAGUGUGUCAUUCCGUGGUACUGCAUUAUUGUAUCAAGGAAUGCAGUGCUGCCCUGCAUCCAGCGUCUGUGAAAUGUGAAGAAUUUUGUUUAUAUUCAAAUCAUUAUAUGGGUCGUUCCAGCAAUUCGGUGCCUUUUAAGAAGUGUAACUUGGUAAAAAAAAAAAAUUUAAACUUUGGAUUUCACCUCAUUUUAGCAUUCUGUCAUAAAGAGCACACGUUUUCCCAUCUCAAGAGGUUCAAUUAAAACAAUUGCUAUAGUAAGUGCCUUUUAAAUGUCAAAUAAAGUAACAGGGUUGACCACAACAGGGUUGCAAAUUUCAUCUUAAAAUCAGCCAUAAAUCCCCUUUUGACAGGGGGAAUGAAACAGGGAGUGGCAAUUGAAUGCAGGCUUCCCAUUUGUAUAUAUUUGUUGUUACAACAUUUCUAGCCUGUCUAUGGGUAACACUAAUAAAUAAUCAUCUUCAGAAAUGACUUUUUCAGAGCAACAAUAACUAGGGCUUUACAAUGAUGGUGAAUAUGUGGAGAAAUGUUGGGGUUAAGUGGGUAAAAAACUUCCUCGAAGUCACAGAGGGUAGGGACGGAGGGACCUCCCUAGAAGUCACAGAGGGUAGGGACGGAGGGACCUCCCUAGAAGUCACAGAGGGGACACGGAGGGACCUCCCUAGAAGUCACAGAAGGGACACGGAGGGACCUCCCUAGAAGUCACAGAGGGUAGGGACGGAGGGACCUCCCUAGAAGUCACAGAGGGGACACGGAGGGACCUCCCUAGAAGUCACAGAGGGGACACGAAGGGACCUCCCUAGAAGUCCCAGAGGGGACACGGAGGGACCUCCCUUGAAGUCACAGAGGGUAGGGACGGAGGGACCUCCCUAGAAGUCACAGAGGGGACACGGAGGGACCUCCCUAGAAGUUACAGAGGGGACACGGAGGGACCUCCCUAGAAGUCACAGAGGGUAGGGACGGAGGGACAUGCCAACGUGCUGAAUUUUGGCACUUUAGCAAGUAUUUAUUCAUAUAAAACAAAUUGGAUUUAUUGAAUUAUCCAUGUGGUCUAUAUUAAAUGGUACUUCAUUUAAUAUAACAGGCUUUUAAAAUUCAAUAUUGGUGCACAAUUUCUAAUUAGAAUAUCAAGGGGCUCCAAAAGGCACUGUUUUCAUGUAACGACCCAUAGCUUGGAGGACGAUUAUGCAAAAUCUACUCUAGUUUUAGAUGGAUCUACCUGAAUGUAUGCUAUUUGGAUAUUGCUUUUAUUUAUGGGUUUUUUACUCUCUAAUUUAUAUAUUUCAAUUGAUAACAUCCACAAUGUUGUAGUAAGAUUGUGCUGGUGUUCAUAUCAAUGAGGGUAAUGCCCUGUGAGAUUUCUAAGUAAGUGUUUUUUAUUAAUACAAUGACACACACGCCAUAAUUGCUUGAAUAGUCACUUGUUUGCUAUUAGUAUAUUGUUUUCACUGUUGCCAUAGUGAAGCUUGUGUUUGGUGCUGUUGCUCCGUGGAUUUAUGGGAAGUAACUCAAACUCUGUGGCUUUGAUAUGAAAAACAUAUUUUACAUGGUCCACAGUUGAUUGGUUAAUUGGUAAAAACGUGUCUUUGAAGCAGUACUACUGACAAUAUUAAACAGUAGAUCAAGUGGCAUGUUUACUGUUCUCAGGUCAUUGUAUUUGAAGUCAUUUUAAGACAGCUGAUUUUGAGUGAUGUGUCAUACAGUAACUGUCAUUCUUUUGUAAUGAAUGGAAUUGAACAUAUGUAGAUCAUUUCUGUUCUACUCUAGUUAGGGUCCCAUCACCCUCUGUAGAGAGCUAAUGAUAUCGACUCACAGCCGUUUGACCGUAUCCUGUCUUAGCCAUACCUUAUAUUUUGUAUACAUGUAUGUAUUUCCAAUUUUGACCAAAUUCAGUUUGCUGGUUUUGAGCUAAGCUCAGAGGAGUAGAGAUGUGUGUUCUUGCACAUUGAUGAGUUGUCAAACUCCAAGUGUGUGAGAUGAGUUUCGUGGAAUGGCGUGCACCAUUGAAAAUGCUUUCUGUGGAGGUGUGGGAGAUGAUUCAAAUGCCAAACUGCAUUUGUUGCCAUGGUAAAUUGUGUACUGUCUUUAAUUUAGUAGUACUUUCUUUAAAUUAGUGACAAGGAAGGUUUUUUUUUAUCAGUCUUGUCGAUUCAAGAAAGAAAAGCUAAGCGUAUUGGAUUGUUACAAUUACACUGUUAUCAAAUUAUAUGUUACUGAUAUCCGAGUAGAUUAGUGACCUAUUAUUGUAAUCUGUUUAGUAAAUUGUAUUUAACUUGGCUGGCUAUCUUUAGAAGGUUAUUAUAGACUACUGUUGAAUUCCGCUGAAUUUCAUUAAGCCGCCUCUCAAGUUCAAAUCCGGACAAAUAUUGAUUGUUGCUGGUUGACUUGUUAUUUGUUGAAAGAGGGCUGCAAUUUAGAAAAUGAGCUUACAUUUUAUAUUGCUGACACAAAAUGAUUGCAUGCACAAAGCGGAUGGUUACAGAUUGGUGGUAACAUCAGCUGUAUUACUGUGAACUGUAUUGGAAAUAUUGAGUAAAAUGUAAUGUUACCGCUA